AUGGCCAAUUUAAAGCCCAACACAUUGCACGUGGACAACCACAGUCCACGGACUCAUAGUCUGAGCAGUGGAUUAAGCAGCGCCUGCAGCUCGGGUAGCAUUUCACCGGUGCCCAUCAUACCGAUCAUUGCCAUUAGCCGGGAUGGUGAUGAAUCCGAGUCGGAGUCGGAAAUCGAAACAGAGCCAGCGCGCAUUUUUCAUCGACGCAUGUCCACCAAACGCAAUAACAAUCUGGCGUCCAUUAUCAAGGAGGGAUUCCUGCUCAAGCACACUUGGUCUUUUCAACGCUGGAGACGUCGAUAUUUUCGCUUAAAGCGCAAUCUUUUAUAUUACGCCAAGGAUGCAAAGUGCGAUGUGUUCGAUGAGAUUGACCUAUCCGAACUUUGUUACUUUGAGUGCAGCAUUAAGAACGUAAACCAUAGUUUUCAGAUAAUCACACCAACCCGCUCUCUGGUGCUGUGUGCCGACUCCAGACGCGACAUGGACGAUUGGCUAGGAUCCCUGAAAAUGGCAACUGCACCGCAGCGUCCGCGUGGGGAUAGCUUUCUGAUUGAUCAGCAUGAUAUACUAUCCAAUCACCAUCAUUGGUAUGCAACCUCGCAUGCGCGUCCCACGUACUGCAAUGUUUGCCGGGAUGCGCUCUCCGGGGUCACGUCACACGGCCUCAGCUGCGAGGUGUGCAAGUGUAAGGUGCACAAACGUUGUGCGGCCAAGGCCAUUGCCAACUGCAAGUGGACAACGUUGGCCACCGUCGGCAAGGACAUUAUCGAGCAGCCGGAUGGCAGCAUCAUCAUGCCGCAUCAAUGGAUGGAGGGUAAUCUGCCCGUGUCGUCAAUGUGUGCUGUGUGCAAGAAAACCUGCGGUUCGGUGCUGCGACUGCAGGAUUGGCGCUGUCUUUGGUGCCGGGAUACGGUGCAUGUGGCAUGUCGCCCCCAAAUGGCAAUUGCCUGUCCCAUUGGACCCGCCAAGCUGUCCGUGGUGCCGCCGACAAGCGUACACUCGAUCAGCACCGACGAUGCCUGGGAUGUGGCAAGUCCCAAGGGCAACUUCUCGCCACUGCUCGUCUUUGUGAACUCCAAGUCGGGCGAUAAUCAGGGCGUGAAGUUCUUGCGACGUUUCAAGCAGCUAUUGAAUCCAGCGCAGGUCUUUGAUCUGAUCUCUACGGGUCCAAGUCUAGGAUUGCGUCUCUUUCGGCACUUUGAAAUGUUUCGCAUACUAGUGUGCUCUGGCGAUGGAUCCGUAGGCUGGGUGCUCAGUGAAAUUGAUCGAUUUAACAUGCAUAAACAAUGCCAAGUGGCUGUGAUGCCAUUGGGAACUGGUAAUGAUCUGGCUAGAGUUCUCGGCUGGGGCUCCAGCUGUGAUGAUGACACUCAUUUGCCACAAAUUCUGGAGCGCUAUGAAUCGGCCAGUACCAAAAUGCUAGAUCGCUGGAGCAUUAUGGUCUUUGAGAAGGCAAUCAGUGUACCCAAAAUACCAAAGAUGUCCAUUACCACCGAACAGGAAGCGUUGCUAACGGGCAUGGUUACCACAGCCAAUCAUCAUCUGCGCUUUAUUGUUGAAACCAACGAAACUCAAACUCUCAUCUCCUCCACACGCACCCUGUGCGAUACUGUUGACGAGUUGGUGACACGCAUUUGUGACCAUCAUAAAGAUGAUGAGCAGUUGACCCUCAAGUGUGACAUUCUAAGGCAAAAGCUCAACAUGCUCUUGGAUGCCUUGCAAGAGGAGGAGAUGGGCACACACAGUGGCGACGAUUUGAUAGCUACCAUUCGCAGUCUAAUUAUUCGCGGUGUUCCCUCAUCAACAGGAGCUCGUCCAUCAUUCCUCAAUCCGAAUAUUUCGAUUGAAAAAAAUGAAAAGGAUCACAUUAAUUCGAAGGAGCGAAGAAACAGCCGUUCACUGCGAUCCAGCGAGAAAGAGGCACUGCAAUCCAGGGCCAAUAGCGUGAAAAGGGCCAUUUACAAUGUCGUCGAGCACUCGGAACCCGGUCGUCCCAAGCGCUAUCAGCGCAAACUAUCGAUAACACCCUUUGAGGCGCUGAAAAUUCCCGUCAACUCUGGUGAUUCAACGCCGUGCACCUCGCCGUUGCCCAUAAUACCACCCAUCAAUAUAAUCUCACCGACAAUGGAAACUUCACGUCUGACCUGCAUCUCACCGCUGCCAGACACUCGUCGUGAUUCCGUGGACGAGAACUUUUUCAACAGCAUCAAUUUGCCGGCGCCACGUCAGUUUGCUGACAGUCGCCGCAGCUCAGGUGUGCCUGAGGUCAUACAGGAGAUGGAGGAGGGCGCCAAUGGGGAGACAAUCUAUCGCAUAGGACGUCUCUCGCUCAGUGGUGGCGCCAACAUUGAUGAUGCUGGCAAUCGUCUUUCACCCAGCAGCGAUGGCGGAGAUAAUACACCCACCGAGCGUAAGGUGGACUUUCUUCGAGUGCCCAUUAUUACGGGCGAACCGAUUGUGGACCCACUAUCCGACUACAGACCGAUUGAGGUAUUCGAACGCACCUACUACAUGACACGAGAGCUGGACAAGGAUAAGGAUAAGGAUAAGGAUAAAGAAAAGGAACGUCAAAAAGAUGGAGGCAGUGAUGCAAGCAGCGUAAUCGACUGCGAAAAAGUGGGAAACAUCAAUUUUACCGAAAAACUCGAGACAUCGCAGCCACAAAACGCCCUAGUACACACAUGUAAUCUGCAGGUACCCGGCAUUGUCGUAACCCCCAACUCCCAAAAUGUUUAUACAAGCGCUAGCCUCACAAUCAUUGAUACCGAUGCCCAAACAAACACUGAACAAUCUUCAUCGGAGGAUAUGGGCGGCGAGGCGAGCGAUGUACUGUCAGCCAUCAGCAAUGAGGAAUGUAGCGUGGCCUCCGAAAUUUUCGAUAAGCCCGAGUCUGGUCAAACACUUGGCGAUAUUCUACAGAACCUUGAUGCCAGCAACUUUACGCACAUUGAUUCGCCGGAAACAAGCGAUGAGACAGAGGCAAUGCCUGGAGAGAGUCUCAUGGAUGACAUCAGCUCAGUGCUGGGCCAUGAUAUAACCAAUGCUCUGCAGGACAACACCAUUACGGAUGACACCACCACCCUCUGUUCCGAGCACGCUGGACCCCCAAAACCGCCACGUAAAAAGUCAAUGAGCGCCUUGACGCAAUUAAAGGCCCAUCCUAUUCGGCGAAACUCUUCGCCACCAAGAAUGGCCAGAUUGGCGCGUAUGGACAGCGAUGAUAAUCCGCAGCAGUUUGGCUUUGAGAACAUCGUUUUUGAAAUCGAUAAUCGCUGCGAUGACCAGAAGAUUCGGGAACCACCGCGUUUCUGUAGCCUGGCACAGUUCGUGGAAGGUAACGAUAUAGCACGGCAAAGUUUCAAGCAGCUAAUGCUCGAUGGCAAUAGCAACAACAACGACAACAUCAGCAACAACGAUGGAAAUUCGAAUGAAGAGAUGGUCACGCCCACAAAUUCAAGCGUAUCAAGGGCGUAUCCAUAUAUGACAAUGACUUCACCUAGCGAUGAACUGGAUGAAUUGUCAACACAAACGGCGAUUAAAAUAGAAAUAAACGAUGUAGAAACCACAAUUCACUCGACAACAACAACAACAACAGCAACAACAUCGGCAACAAAACCACUUGAAUCGGCAAUGGCCUCAUCGACAUCGCCCACGAAGAAAUCGGGCCAUGGACAAGAUGUAAAGCGCAUUACUUUUGAUGAGUCGUGUAAGAAAGAAUCCUUUGAUGAUGUAAAUCCCAACUAUCCACAGAUAAGUGUUGUUGUAAGACCACCAACACCAUUGCGCGGCGACUCCGUCAAACCCACAACGUCGUCGUCAUCCAUCCUGACGACGCCGUCGGGUCUGCUCGGUGUGCGAUCAUUGAACUCCUCGGAGAUCCGACGUCAUUCUAGCCAUGCACCCAGCCUGUCUGUCCGUGAAUUUGACAAGGAUAAAGAUCGACGCCACUCUGGCUUCAAUCCAAAUUACCUAACAUUGGAUCCGGAGCACGCUCGCUUCCUCAGCAGCUCACCAGCGGCUAGUCGUCGAAUUAGCUGUGGCAGUCUCUUCAAGAAGAAAAACCAAAAAAGUAACUAUAAACGCACCUAUGGAGUAUUCAGUGUGCGUUUCUUUGUGGUUGCUGAACCAGAUAUUCGCCUGGCGACCUUGGCGCUUAUUAGGCCACUAAUACCGCUGCCGAACGAAGCUUUGCCAAAUCUACAGACGCUUAAGGGCUCCAAAUCGAGUCUCUUUAUGGGAUCCACACUGUUUGGCUUUGAGCAUUUCAACGCUGGCGAUAAGGAGGAGAAGCCAGGCAAGGAUAAAGAGAAGACCCCAACAGAGGAGCCUAACCGCAAGCUACCCAUUAUAAAUCCUAUAGUACGCUUGCCCAAUUGGCCAAAUUUGACGAGUGGCUCUGGAUUCAUAUCCAAAUGUCUGCUGGCCAAUGCAGAUACAUUGUGUGCCGCAGUUAGUCCACUUAUGGAUCCGGAUGAAACUCUACUGGCCGGUUACCAUGAGAAGUGUGUCAUGAACAAUUAUUUCGGCAUUGGCAUAGAUGCUAAAAUCUCACUGGACUUUCACAAUAAACGCGAGGAGCAUCCGGAGAAAUGCCGUUCGAGGGCCCGCAACUAUAUGUGGUAUGGUGUGCUCGGCUCUAAGCAACUGCUGCAGAAGACCUGCAAGAAUUUGGAGCAACGAGUGCAACUGGAGUGCGAUGGACAGCGUAUACCAUUGCCAGAGCUACAGGGCAUUGUCAUUCUAAAUAUACCGAGCUUUAUGGGAGGCACCAACUUCUGGGGCAGCAGUACCAAGAAGGAUGAUAUCUUUUUGUCACCCAGUUUUGAUGAUCGUGUGCUGGAAGUGGUCGCUGUAUUUGGUUCGGUGCAAAUGGCAGCAUCGCGUUUAAUAAAUCUCCAACAUCAUCGCAUUGCGCAGUGUCAGAGUGUGCAGAUAAAUAUUUUGGGCGAUGAAGAGAUACCCAUUCAGGUGGAUGGCGAGGCUUGGCUGCAACCACCGGGCAUGAUUCGAAUUUUGCACAAGAAUCGCGUACAGAUGCUGUGCCGCAAUCGCAGUCUGGAAGUCUCCCUUAAGAGCUGGCAGGAGAAACAGCGACAGCAUAGCAUUUCCAUUCAGCGUGAUGCCUCAUCGACGGCAUCCGAACAUGCCAUAUCCACGGAUGAGGUUAUUUCGGAGCGAGAGUGCUAUGUACUUUUGAAUUUCAUAGAGGCAGUUAGUUCGCUUGUUAAAUGGGUGAAAUUCUUGAUCAUAUCACAUCCGGCACUGCAGCAUGAUCUCUAUGAGGUAGCCUGUCGGGCCAGUGAGGCUCUCGAGUCAAUACAUCCGCAGGGUAAACUCCUUGAGGGUCCUUCUUUGCGCACCAAAUUGGUGGAGGUAAUUGAUUCAUCACGCCAAUUGUACGAUGAUGCUUGUACUUUGUUGCGUGAUCGUGGACAUAGCCUAAUAUUGCGCGAAGAUCUGGAGACUAAAUUGAGCGCAGCAUUGGCCAAUAUGGAAAUGGAGCUGAAAAAGUGCUCGGUACAGAAGUGCAUCGAUGGCAAACUCCGUGCCUACUUCAAUGUGCUGGCACCUAACGAAGAGUCUGACGGUCGCCGCAAGUCGCGUGCAUUCUGGGGACGUCUACGAUCCGGGUCAACAGCUGGUCAGCAACAAUUUAAGCCUCCGCUCACCAAUACACGCGAAGCGGCCAAUAACUGGAGCGUCAAUGAGGUGGUCACUUGGCUGGAGACCAUGCAGCUAUCGGAAUAUGUCGAUAGCUUCCUUAAGAACGAUAUACGUGGCAAGGAGCUACUUACAUUGGGUCGACGUGACCUUAAGGACUUGGGUGUGGUUAAAGUGGGUCAUGUGAAACGCAUAUUGCAAGCUAUCAAAGAUUUAUGCGAAAAUUAAGUAAACAGCAUGGUUCCUGUUGUGUCGCUUUUCAAGACAGAAAGGUAAGAUGGAGGGAGGCACAACAAAAUUAACAAUCAGCAAGUACAAAAUUCAGUCUUCGAAGUGUACUCAAAGAGUUGGGUUUAUGUUUGGGCGAGGUUAUGGGUAUGUGGCUGUUAAGUAAGAUAAGCGAGCUGUAAGAAUGUUAAUUUAUAUGGGAUAAAUGCAUAUAACAAUCACUAUUUAUAGAUUAGCUUAGCUAAAAAUAUAAAUAUAUUCCAAAUCUCUGGAAUUUGAAAAGAAAGAAUGAAAUUAUGACGCUUAGCCGUAGGGGAGACUAAAAAAAAAGAAAAUCUAUAUAUAAGUUCAAUUCAAAA